AUGUCGAGUGUCGCAGUCCAUUUUGCCAGGGUGUAUAUUGUCCCUGUAUUUGCCCUCAACUCAUUCGCAUACAUGUUCCCCGCCAAGUCUGAUCGUCAGCCUCCCGCCAUUACGCGUAUUUCCAACAACACAAACCACCUGCAAGCCCUCACUUCUUCGACCCAAGAAAUCUACUUUGCGCAAAUGGUCCCUGCAUCUGGGUGUUUCUGUAUCAUCCAUUCAUACAGGGCAGUCCAUGCGAGUAUCUCCUUUUGCGCCAAGUGUGUCAAUGUCGUGGCGGAGCCGCCUUAUGUUCAUGGUUCGUGUCAGCUUACCUCUUGCUGGCUUGCCUUCGGGCUCGUUAACCAUUCCCGGUAA